CGCGCUGUCAGUGUUGAUGGUAAUAGCGUUGGUGUUUCAUGAAAAAGAAUGUGUUAUUAAACGAUCCAUUUUUAGUUUCUGUUCUUUUCCAUUCGUUCGCGUUUCCUGUUCGCCGGCCGGAAGUUUUGUUUGUUACCGGCAUAUCGGGAUUUGUCGCAAAAAGAGUCAUAUUUUUUCCAUAGUUUCACUUGCUAUUUGCCAGUCGUUUCGCUUUCCAUCCAUUUGACGUUCGAACCUGGUGCAUCGAGGGAAAGUGAACGAGGAUGCACAAGACGAGGGAAAAAUUCGAGAUGGAUUAUUCGUCGUUCAAGACGGAAGUCUCUAAACGUAGAAGAUCGGCCACUACCAGGGAAUUGACCAAAAUAGCGUAUUCAGCGCCGAAGAACGUGGUCUCGUUAGCGGAGGGUAUGCCAAACGAAGAAACCUUCCCUUUCGCAGAGAUCUCCAUCAAACUCAAAGAUGGAUCGUCUUUCACCCUUGACGAGCGAGAAUUGGGUUCAGCUUUGCAGUAUAUUCCUACUCAGGGCUACCCGCCGCUUCUUCAGAGCCUGAGGGAGUUCCAGAGAAGGACGCACGCACCACCCUUGUGGGAGAGCCGUGACAUCGUGAUCGUCUCUGGAUCUCAGGACGGAUUAAGCAAAACUCUCGAGGCCAUACUCGGCCCCGGCGAUCCUCUCCUGGUGCACGAUCCUUUUUAUCCGGGCGUGGAAGUUGUGGUCUCGCCGCAUAAGGUGGAGCUGAUCCCGAUCCCUCAGGAUGAGCACGGUGUGGUUCCAGAGAUUCUCAGGGAAACGUUGAGGAACAGGGAGCUGUCUGGCAAGAAAAUGCCAAAAAUAAUGUACAUAAACGCCACCGGAUCGAAUCCCACGGGCGUCAUUAUCCCGUUGGAAAGGCGCAAGGAGAUUUACAGGAUAGCGUGCGAAUACAACUUUCUGAUCCUGGAUGACGAUCCUUAUCAUUUCAUGCACUUCAACGAGGUGGAACCAAAAUCGUUCUUAUCGUUGGACACGGAAGGCAGAGUGAUUAGAUUGGACUCAUUCUCAAAAGUGAUCAGCAGCGGUCUAAGGUUGGGAUUCAUCACAGCAGCGGCUCCGCUGAUAGCCAGUAUAGAACUCCACUUGCAGAGCAGUCACCUCCAUGCCACUACAUUAUCCCAGGUGAUACUGUACAAGCUGAUGAAAUUAUGGGGAUACGACGGAAUGAUGAAACAUUUCAUGGGGAUAAGGCGGUUCUAUAAACAACGAAGGGAUAUUAUCGCCACACUCGCUGAAAAGCAUUUGAACGGUUUAGUAGAUUUCACGAUACCAAGGGGAGGUUUCUUCCUCUGGAUCAAAGUUCGAGACAUUAAGGAUACAUGGAAGAUGAUUAUGCAGCGAGGAGUCACGGAGGGUGUCAUAAUGGCGCCUGGUGCAGCCUUUAUGAAAGAUCCUAGCAAACCAUGCAACGCUAUUAGAGCAAGUUUUUCCAAAGCUUCUUACGAAGAAAUGAACUUGGCAAUGGAAAGGUUAGCGGAUCUAAUCAGGUCCGAGUUGCGAAAUAAUUACUCAAUUAUAAAUGAAAAUCCGUUCAUCAAUUAACGCAUAUGGAUCUUUUUAUAUGACGAAACUUAUAUCGAUAAAGUAAUGCGUACUAGAGAAUAUCGUAUGUUGAUAUGGUAGAAAUCGUCGUAUCGUAGAAAAAGAUCUUAUCGACGAACAGCGACGUAGAGAAAUCUACCUAAUCUAUCCUACAAAACUUGCUCAAAAAUAUUUGUUAUCUUAUUUGCUAGAGGACCGUAGGAUCAAAUUUUUUUCGCGCUCUAAUAUACAUAAUUUUAUAUUAAUUUUCAUGCAAUUUUUUGUUGAAAUCAUCUUAUUCAAUUUGAUCAUUUUCCAUUUCAUCGCUCUAAAAAACUAUCGGUAACUUUUUUUUACGUAAGUAACAAUUAGUGUAAAUAUCGUGUGUACUUAAUUACCAUAGGAUUUCGUAGACGUGUAUCGUUAGUACGUGUAUUUAUCGCGGAUCGGCAAAGUAUUCUAUAAGCUUAAAAUAUCUUGUAUAAAAGUAUUGUUAUGCCAUGUAUUAAUGUUAUGUAAAUAAAACUGAGUCAAUCAA